AUGGAAUUUCGAGAUACAGGUUGUUGUAAGGAUGAUAAAGUAUGGGCCGGUGGAGAAGAGUACCCGGAUUCGAUCACGGGACGUGUCGACGACGAAGAGGAGGAACUUUCCUUCUGCGAUCUCGUCACAGAACGGGCGGAUUUGAAAAGUUACGGAGAAUCUUCAGUCCAAAAAGAGGAUUUUGGCUUCGAUUUGGACUUGGGCGCGUGCAAUUCCAUGGCGUUUGUCAUUUCCCCCGCAGACGAUCUCUUUCACAAAGGCCGCCUCCUUCCUCUCAACUUUAUCCGCCAUGAAAAAAGCCGGCUGUUAAAUGAAAAAGUGCAGGCAUGGAGAAGAGAUUCGACUAAUUUUAUUGGCUUUAACUCUCGUCAAUCUCAAGAUCUACGAAGACCAUCUGUUUACUCUGACAAAAUAUUAAGGCAGGGUAAUUCUACAUCAAAGCCGCCCAAUUCUGAUAGUAAGAUUUGCUUCAAAUGGCAGCAGAUUUUUAGUAUGGGAUUAGUGAAAGCGCCUCCGAUAAAGGUUGAAGAGAUGCGUCCCAAACAAGGGAAGCCCAAAAAUGAUGGAUUGGAAUAUACUUUUCUUAAGCGAAGGGCUCUAAGUUUUCAACAGAAAUCAGUGUCUGUGAGAGAUAAUUUAUCGGUUAAAAAGGCCCGAACGCACAGCAGUUGGUGGAUGUUGGGACCAUUAAAAUCUUUCAACAGUUGUAAAUUUUCCUCCAAUUCUGUGAUGGAUUGCUUGUCUGGAGUUGGAAAGAGCCCUAGUAAAAUGCUUUCCAUUGAAGCCGAUCAGAAUUCAUUGAGUUUAGCCCAGGAUUCUGUCAAAUGA